AUGGCCAUUGCAAAGCAAAGCAUCUUGAGAUUUGGCUUCAAAUGUCUCUUCCUAGCAACUUUUAUGCUAGCCUGUGAUGGACAAGGUGGAAAGAGAGAGAAUGGUGGUCCUGCCUGUUACGGAGGAUUUGAUUUGUAUUUCAUUCUAGACAAAUCAGGAAGUGUCCUGCACCAUUGGAAUGAAAUAUAUCAUUUUGUGGAACACUUGGCCCGCAAGUUCAUAAGCCCCCAGCUGAGGAUGUCCUUCAUUGUUUUUUCAACCAGGGGGACAAUUCUAAUGAGGUUAACAGAAGACAGGGAACAGAUACGCCAGGGUCUGGAAGAGCUGCAGAAGGUCCUUCCGGGAGGUGACACAUACAUGCAUGAAGGAUUUGAAAGGGCAAGUGAACAGAUUUACUAUGAAAAUGUUCACGGUUACAGAACUGCAAGUGUCAUCAUUGCAUUGACAGAUGGAGAACUCCAUGAAGACUUAUUUUUCUACUCUGAGAGGGAGGCUAAUCGAUCGCGUGACCUGGGAGCAACAGUAUAUUGUGUUGGUGUGAAAGACUUCAAUGAGACCCAGCUGGCUAGAAUUGCCGACAGCAAAGACCAUGUCUUUCCAGUGAAUGAUGGUUUUGAAGCCCUUCAGGGGAUCAUAGACUCUAUUUUGAAAAAAUCCUGUAUAGAGAUUCUGGCGGCAGAGCCUUCCAGUAUAUGUGCAGGAGAGUCGUUUCAGGUUGUUGUGAGAGGAAAUGGAUUUCGACAUGCCCGUAAUGUUGACAGAGUGCUCUGCAGUUUCAGGAUCAAUGACACAGUUACUCUCAAUGAGAAGCCUUUUGUAGUGGAAGAUACCUACUUACUCUGCCCAGCACCUGUGCUACGAGAAGUUGGCAUGGAAGCAGCUCUUCAAGUCAGUAUGAACGAUGGUCUGAGCUUCAUCUCUAGCUCCGUCAUCAUCUCCAGCACACACUGUUCAGAUGGGACCAUCCUGGCUAUCGCUUUGUUGAUCCUCUUCCUUCUGCUGGCGUUGGUUCUUCUCUGGUGGUUCUGGCCUCUUUGCUGCACAGUGAUCAUCAAAGAGCCCCCUCCCCCUCCUGCAGAAGACAGUGAGGAGGAAGAUGAUGAUGGCCUUCCAAAGAAGAAAUGGCCAACAGUAGAUGCCUCUUAUUAUGGAGGACGAGGAGUUGGUGGCAUCAAACGAAUGGAGGUGCGCUGGGGAGAAAAGGGCUCCACGGAAGAAGGCGCUAAGUUAGAGAAAGCCAAGAAUGCCAGGGUCAAGAUGCCAGAACAGGAAUACGAGUUCCCUGAACCCAGGAACCUUGCGAACAACAUGCGCAGGCCUUCCUCUCCUCGGAAGUGGUACUCUCCAAUCAAGGGGAAAUUGGAUGCUCUCUGGGUCUUGCUGCGGAAAGGUUACGACCGUGUAUCUGUGAUGCGCCCACAGCCAGGAGACAAGGGCCGUUGCAUCAAUUUCACCAGGGUGAAGAACACAGAGGCCCCACCCAAAUACCCGCUCAACAAUGCAUACCCUCCGUCAUCUCCACCUCCAGCACCCAUCUACAACCCUCCGCCCCCA